AAUAAACUUAGACCGUAAAACAAAUUUAAGAUCCGCAAAUCACUGUUCAGCCUUUUCGUGAGCCUGUCUCAUUCAAGAAACCGAAGAUGGGACGCCGGCCAGCAAGAUGUUACCGCUACUGCAAGAACAAGCCCUAUCCCAAAUCCAGGUUCUGCCGUGGUGUCCCAGACCCCAAGAUCCGUAUCUUUGACUUGGGUCGCAAGAAGGCUCUGGUUGAUGAGUUUCCUCUGUGCAUCCAUCUUGUGUCUGAUGAAUGGGAGCAGCUGUCCUCCGAAGCCCUCGAGGCUGGUCGCAUCUGUGCCAACAAGUACAUGGUGAAGAACUGCGGUAAGGAUGCCUUCCACAUCAGGAUACGACUCCACCCAUUCCACGUCAUCCGCAUCAACAAAAUGUUGUCGUGUGCUGGAGCUGAUAGGCUUCAGACUGGAAUGCGUGGAGCUUUUGGCAAGCCCCAGGGUACCGUAGCCCGUGUUCACAUCGGCCAGACCAUCAUGUCUGUCAGGACCAAGGAGAGCAACAAGGCUGCUGCACAUGAAGCUCUCAGGAGGGCUAAGUUCAAGUUCCCAGGACGUCAGAAGAUCUUCUUGUCCAACAAGUGGGGAUUCACCAAAUGGAAGAAGGACGACUACGAGAGGUUGCGCAGCGAGGGCAAGCUGGUUGUUGAUGGAGUCAGCGUCCAGUACCAUCCCGAACAUGGACCACUCAAGAAAUGGAAGGACCGUAUGCUCCGCAACUAAACCGCCAAACCAACAUCCAUCCACACUGUUGGUCGUCAUCCACACACACCAUGCAGACAAACUGUCUUUAGUCCAGUGAUAUCACAUCAUUGGAUGAUCUCAUCUUCAUGACAUUGAACUUGCAAAAUUGGUCAUCGAUUCGUUUCUGAGAAGCUCAACAUAAAAUGCCUUUUCACGCAGUGAAAUUCUCUAUCAGAUAUGAUUGCAAUUAUGGAAUAAAACCACAGUACAACCACAGCA